CUUGUACUAACACAUUAAAAUUUUGUAGAAUUUGAAUUUGUUUUUUUUUCUAUGUGAUUAUCAUUUUCUAGGUUAAUUGUUAUCAACAAUUUACUCAUUUACUAGAAUAUUGACUUGUGAUUCUAGUCUAUCAAGUUAUCAGUCAUUCUAAUUGUGAACAUUUAAUUGUUAUAAAGAUAAAAUCACUUUAUAUUCUCAUCUCUUGUUUUUUUUUCUCGCCUUUUUAUUCAUCGUCUCCAUUGCUGCUUCUUUUUCUUCAUCUGCCUUUCUAACUCUCUCUCUUUUUCUCUUUCAUUUUUAUUCCUUUUUCUCUUUGCCUUCUCACCUUCUUUCAUUUUAUUCUGUUCCUUGCUCUCUCUCUCUCUCUCUCUCUCUUUUCCUUUUUCUCUCUUUCUUAUUCUUCUCGUUUUCUCUUGAUAUAAAUAUCAUAUUCUUCUUUCUUUCUCUAUUUUCUGUUCUUCUUAAAAUUCAUUCUUAUUUUAUUACCAUUGCUGGUGUUUGAUGUCAAUCAAUUUGUAAUCUAUCAGAAAUGGGAGCCUACCUUUCAGAGCCAAAGACUGAAAAGAUAUCAGAAGAUGAUGAGAACGAGUUUGUUAAAUAUGGUGCCUCGUCUAUGCAAGGAUGGAGGACAUCACAAGAGGAUGCUCAUAUAGGUUUACUUGAUUUUGAUGAGAAAUCAUCAGUCUUUGCUGUUUUUGAUGGACAUGGUGGAGGUGAAGUGGCUAAAUACUGUGCUCGUCAUCUUCCCAAUUUUCUCAAAAACAUAAAGCACUACAAAGAAGGCAAUUUACACAAAGCAUUAGAAGAGGCCUUUAUCGAGUUUGACAGUCUUUUAAUUACACCGGAUAUUGUCGAGGAGCUUAAAUCUCUUGCCGGUGAUGACUAUAUUAAAAGUGAUGAAGAUGAAGAAGACGAACACGAAGCAUCUUUACUUGCAGAAGAAGCAAAAUUACCCUUGGAAGCUUUAAUAGCUCGUUACAGUGGUCGAGAAAAUGACCCCAAUGAAGUAGUAAAGCGUGAUCAUAUUCCCCCUCAUGUAAGAUUAGAGAUAAGUGCAUCUAAGAAAAAUAAACCCAUUUCACCCUUUUUACGCGCUAAACAAGGACCAUCAACAUCUACUGCUAACGAAGAUACUAAAGAUACUAGUAGUUUAUGCAGUUCAUCAUCAACUACAAACGAGUCAGAAGCCGUGAAUAGAUUUGAACCUUGUAGUUCAAGUAGUUCUACUAGUGGGUCAAGUUCCUCUUCUCAUCCUUUACCCAAUGGUAAACUCAGUGAACGUGGUUCAUCCGUCGAUCCAGAAGCAAAACCAUCUUUCCACAAGAAACAACAAUCAGACGUAGGAGAUUCCGUUUCAUCAUCUGUCAAUGAAGUGAUUGAAGAUAAAAAUGACAUUUGCAAGGUCUCAUCUACUAAAUCUGAGUCGAGUAAGUGUAGCUCUAAUUUAGUGAGUGAAUCAAAUGAAGUAGCUUCAGGUGAACCAUCAACCGGUGAGGUUGAAUCAAAUAAACUAGCAAAUGGAGAGACUGGUACAUCAGGUGAAAAAGAAGCCUGUGUAUCAACCUCAUCAGAAGCGGCACCAGCUAUCAUUAAAUCAUCUGAACAGUUAACCUCUUCUUCUUCAUCUCCAGCUCCAUCAUCGGCUGCAUGUGACAAUACCGUUAGCACUGCAGCAUCAACCAGUGUUGAUGAACCAUCUUCAAGUUCCAAAGGCAAAGGAAAAAAGAAAAAGAUUGUGACCCCAGAAAAUGUCAAGUCAGAUAGUACAACAAGAUCAGGAAGACCAGGAAGAUUAGAUUACAAAGCCCUUUUAAUGAAACAAGUGAACAAAAUUUUCGAAUCUGCUACUGGAAAUGCUCGUGCAGGCGUGAAAACGGGUGGUGAUGGCGAAGAAGAUUCUGAUUAUGAUUCAUCUGAUAUGGAAUAUGGUGAAGAAAAUGACAUCGAUGAUGAUGAUGACGAUGACGAAGAUGAUGACGAAGAGGAUGAUGAUGAAGACGAUGAUGACGACGAUGACGAAGACGGUGAUAGUUUCGAAGCUUCAACAACGGAUUUCGAAAUUCCCGGUAAAGACAGUGGCUGUACUGCUGUUUUCGCUCUUCUAAAAGGUAACCGAUUAUACGUCGCCAAUGCUGGUGACUCUAGAUGUGUCGUUUCUAGAAGGGGUAAAGCCCUUGACAUGUCACUAGAUCACAAGCCAGAAGAUACAAUUGAGAAGAAACGUAUCGAAGCCGCUGGAGGUAUCGUUAAUUCAGAUGGUCGUGUUAAUGGAGGACUUAAUUUAUCUCGCGCCAUUGGUGAUCAUGCCUACAAAAAUAAUUCUGAACUUAGUUUGAAAGAACAAAUGAUUACUGCAUUCCCAGAUAUUCGCACUGCUAUCAUCAAGCCUGAAAGAGAUGAAUUUAUGGUCCUUGCAUGUGAUGGUAUUUGGAACUCAAUGUCCAGCCAAGAAGUGGUUGACUUCGUCAGAGAGCGUCUAGAUGACAAUUUAAGUUUAAGCUCAAUUUGUGAAAAGCUCUUUGACCAUUGUUUAUCACCGGAUACGGAAGGAGAUGGCACGGGUUGCGAUAACAUGACUUGCAUAAUUGUAAAAUUUACCAAUGUAAAACCAACUGAUAGUCAAAAAGAGUUGUCAGACUCUGAUGAUGAAGAAAUUCCUAAACCUAAUGAGGAGAAACCAUGUCCGAGCCAGUCAGAUUCAAAAAAACAAUCCGCCCCUGAAAGUCAAGAGGGUUCAUCCGCAGAGCCAUCAUCAAAGCGUCAAAAGACUGACCUUUAAUCAGAAUAACCCAAAGCAUCAAAACUGAAAGAGAUGUUCAUUUGUCAAAGAGAAACAAAAAGAGAAAGAGUAAUUGUUUCAUCCUAUUCACUCAAUUUUCUCAUAUUUUAUCAUUUGCUUCAUCGCUGAGAACAACAAACACCUUUGAUCAUUUUGUAUGAUCGCUCAUCUUUCCUUGUCAAAAAUUUCUCCAGUUCAAUUCUCCGUUCAUAUUCAUCAAGACUUGUCUCCUUUUUCUUUUUAAAAUUCUAUCUCUUCUCGUUCACUCACAAACUCGAUUUCUUGCCUUCCAUUCCCAUCUUUACAAUGUUAACUCUUUAAUUCUAAUAAUUCACUCAAAACCCUUAACCCCCUUAAUAGAACAAAAAUUUUACAAUUUAAAGUCUUGCUGUUUAGCUGCAAAUUCCUAAUUACAAAUUUUCAUCGCAAACAAUUUACACGAACCCUGAAACUGUGAGACAAAAAGAAAAACAAUCAUCACCAAUAAUACGCCCAAGCAAAAAGAGAAACAUAAAUGAUUAUUAUUUACGCUUCCAACUAAUUCUCAUUACGAAGCAUCAACACCUCGACUUCUGUGCAUUUAAUUAAUUAAGAGAUUUUUUAUUUCCCAAAUUUAAACAAAAUCGAAACAAAAAGAACCAUCAACCCAAGAAAAAACAGAAUUGUAAACAAUUUAAAUUGUUACCAAUUCUUGUUAAUUAACAUGAAUAUUAUAACUGAAAUUCGUGUUCCCUUUUUUCAAUUGAUCAGAAAAAAAGGAGCAUUUAAUUAUUACAAUUAAUCUAUUGGAAGCAUACAAGUUACUCCAUGAAAGCUUAAAGGAAUUGCUCUUGAUUUAUCAAAGUUAAUUAAUUAUCAACAGAGAUGAAAAAUUUUCUGUUUUUUAAACUGAUUGUAAUAAUUAAACAAAGAUAAUUAAUCGAUCA